AUGGCGUUUCCUUGCUUGGGAGAUGUCGAGUGUGAGAAAAUCUUCAAACUUGCCAAAGAUUUCUACGUUACAGCUGAUUACGUCAAGGCCUUGGAGGUAAUUGAAGAUUUAUCUUCCGUUCAGGGAAGGGACAAAGGUCUCGUGUGUCACCUGCAAGGUACUAUCUUCAGCAAACUAGCGAAGAAAGCAGAGAACACGGAUGUGAAAUUCACAUACUUUCUGAGUUCUGCAGAAGUCUUUUCUCCAUAUCAAAAUCUCGCAGCGAUUGCGGCAGUUUCACUCUUUCAAUCGGCGAAACUGAUUGAAUCUGUCUCGUAUUACCGAGCAUCUAUGCGCAAAGCAAAACAAAAUGUUGAUGUUGAGCAGAAAGUGAAGGAUGUGGUGAAGCAUAUAAUCGAGAAUGCACAGUCAAAGAUCGCUGAAUCCAAGAAUGGAUCUGAUCUCGUUAAAGGGUCAAGAAACCGUGAGCAGCAAGUUAAGGAGCCUGUGAGAAGUGAAGAAGAUACGAGAAAGAGUGAGUCUCCACUCGUUAAAGGAUUGAAGUCAUACUGGGCGGGUUUGAAUGUUGAGCAGAAAAGGGACUUUAUCAAAGUAAGCAUUGAGGAUUUUAGAAGCUAUGUCGAGAGAUUGUAUGGCAGUGAGGGAGGAGAUGCUUUGCAGAAUUGUUUCACUCAUGCUGGUGGAGAAGUAAAGAAAUGGAGAUUUUUCUUGUGUCGAGUUUGUUUAAAGGAGUUCUUUCGUGCUGAAGAAUGCAAGAAGCAUUUUGAGCAAGAUCAUGGUGCAGCAUUUAGACUUCUCACAGCAAAGAAUAUGGCUCAGAGUAUAAGUAAAGACUGGGGUCGUAAGAUAUCAGCUACAGAUUGGGAACCAGUUGAUGCAGGAGCUGCUGUUAGUCUAGUGAAGAAUCAGCUCGAAGAUGUGAAAGGGUUUGCAUAUGUGAAUGGAUGGUCCAGAGACUGGCCUUUGGCUGUGGAUGAAGCUCGGAGUAAGCUACUUCAGGAAAUCCGGAACCUCCUUGUCUCCUUUUGGGACGGUAAAAUUCUCUCAUGCAGCGUUCGAGAUUACGUGAUGCGUUAUGUGUUUGACCAAUUUGGGAAACUUGAAGUUUCAAAAGAUGUUCUUAUCGAGUGUCACCUAGCGGAAACACCUCAGGGUAUCUGCUUCUUGGGUUGUAGUGAGCUCAAUCAUAUCCUGGAGUAUCUCAAAGACGUAAAGUGUGAAAGGAAUGAUGGUACUGAGCUUGUUUGCAGAGCAGUGGAGAGUUUCUACGUUGGUACUCAAGUCAAAGAAAAGAUCGACUUUGACAAUGAGAUUUCAAGUCUGCUUCUGGAUAAGAGACUGCUGCAAGGCAAGAUUGCUAGGUUCGAUGAUGAAGGGGUAAUCAGUUUUCUUGAUUCUGAUGCUCACUACGCCAAGGCACAAGCUCAUGGCAGUGAUAUCUUAUCCUGGUUAACCGAGCCAUCUUCAGGAGAUGAGAGCUUUCGAUUUCCCAGAGCUAUCAGGGCACAUAAUUUUGAUAUUUGGUCGGCUGUUCUGAGAGCUGUUCAGUUCACGUGUAGGACUCUGGCGGCCAAAUAUGUAAAGAAAUCCAAGCUCCGAAUCUCUGAAGAAUUUCUGGUUAGAGCCGAGGAGUUUUGUAAACAUGAAGAUGAAAGGAGAAUGAACACUCCGGAAGAUCAGUGGAGCAGAUAUGCAUCUCUUCUGUGCAAUGAAUGUGAAAAGGAUAAAACGACAGUUUACACUGACACAGGUGUUCUCGAGAAACAAGCGUUCUUCUCCCUAGUACGAGAUCUUCUUGAAGGAGCAUCAAAGCUGACAUUUGAUUACCCUUAUUCACGAGAAUCCCUGAAUGCUAUACGUGAGCGUAAAAGUCUGAGUGAUGAUUUGGUGUUGAAAUCCUUAGACCACCUGACAUCAGUGGUCACCAGGAAGGUUUCUCUAAUUGGUUCAAAGAUUUUGCUGAUGGAAAACUCAAGGAUUCGUUUGCUGGAAAGCCUUACCAGACUUUCUGUUUUUGACUACCGCUCUUACAUCCUUGGACCGCUGAAAGAAUUCUUGCUGGAGAAAAUAGUAGAAAUGGAAUCCAAAGCCAAGGCAGCUGCAUUAGAAGCAGAGAUUUUGUUCGAUGAGAAGAAGCAACCACAGUCAAAUAAGAAGAGAAAUAAAAGUAACAAGGUAGAUGUUGUACUCGCGGAGGAGAAGAAACCUCAGUCAAAAAAGAAGAAAUAUAAAGGCAAACAGAGAACUUCAACGAGCAAGUCGAGUCCCCAUGAUAAGACUGUUGAACAUGAAAAAUCUGGGAACGUUGAACCGGAAGGUGAAGAGGAUUCUAUGGAACCAGAUAAUACUCUUUCAAGUGAAAUGGGUCAAGACGAAAUUUCAACCAACACUGACAAUCAAGAGGAAGCUGCUAAAGAUAUGCAAAACAUGAGUGGAGAAGAUUCACUGCCGAAAGAUUUUGAGCCAGCAGAAAGAGCAGCUGCAAUCAGAUAUAAUUCAACUCUUGACAUGACGCUGAAGGCCCUUUGUAACAUUAAGGCUCUUAAAGAGUAUUUGGCGCACAAUCAGUAUCAGUUUGCUCAAUACUUUGAAGAAAAAGUUUCUUCUGCACUACGAAACUUCUUUGUUGCUGUUGUGUCGAAAGAGAUAAAAGAAGCUGGACUCUGUGGUUGCCUCCUGGAAGACUUACUUGAUUCCCUAGAAGAAGUUCACUCCAUGUCAAGUGAUGCUGCUGAGCUACUCGUAUCCAUCCUUGAGUUUUGGCCUUGCUGGAGGAGUCCAGAAAUAGAGAGUGUGGUAACUCGUCUUUUUACGUUGGAAGAAGAUGAAAGAAUGAGUUGUAGCAGAUGCAGAAAGACCCCAGAUUGUCCAGCGAAAAGUUCUUGUCGAAUUGUUGUGGCUGCAGAUGCAGUCAGAGACGUCAAGGCUGCUUUUGGUAAUAGAAAGUUUGAGGACAUCCUGAAAGUGAUUCGCAUGGGUGAGAAAAUGGUUUGUGACAUUGGAACCGGAGGGUGUGGAAAGGAAAACUUUGUUCAUCGCAUUAUGACUAAAUGCCCGCCUAUCUUCACAAUUGUCUUAGAAUGGGAGAAGGAUGAAACUGAAGAGGAAAUAUCAGAAACGGCAAAAGCUUUGGAGUGGGAGAUAGAUAUGAGCAAGCUAUACGAAGGCUUAGAUCCAAACAAACAGUACCGGCUUGUGUCAAUGGUUGGUUGUGGACCUUGUGGUGAAGGAGAAGAAGAGGAAUACAUCUGCCUUGCUUAUAAAAAGAACCGGUGGGUCAGAUUCCGACGUGAAGCUUCAGGAAAAGAGGUUGUUGGUAACUGGAAGACUGUAGUCAGAUUCUGUGGAGAAAGGAAGAUUCGGCUGAAGAUUUUGUUUUAUGAAGCUUUCCAAAGAGGUCAACUGGAAAUUUUAUCCAACAAUAAAGAAGAACCUGCUAAAGAUAUGCAAAACAUGCCUGGAGAAGAAGAUUCAAUAUCGAAACAGUUAGAAUCAGGACAUGAAGAAGCUGCAGUCAGAUACAAUUCGGCUCUUGACAUGACGCUUAAGGCCCUCUUGAACAUUAAGCUUCUCAAAGAGGAUUUGGAAGAACAAGUUCCUUGCGCACUAAAAGAAGAGGGACUCUAUAGUUUCCUCAUGAGCAACUUUCUUGCUUCCCAAGAAGAUGUUCAUUCCAUGUCAAGUGAUGCUGCUGAGGUAUUAAUAGCCAUCUUUGAGUCAUGGCAUUGCUGGAAAAAUUCAGAAGGAGAAAGUUUGGUGACUAGCCUUUUUACACUGGAAGUAUAUGAGACAAUGACUUGUGGAAGAUGCAGAAGGAAGCCAAAUUAUCCAGAGCAAAGCUCUUAUGGACUUGUUAUGGAAGCAGAUGCAAUCAGAGACGUGAAGUGUGCUUUUAGAGAUAGAAAGUUUGAGGACAUCCUUAAAGUGAUCCUCAUGGAUGAUAAAAUGGUAUGUGACAUUGGAACCGGAGGGUGUGGAAAGGAAAACUUUGUUCAUCGCAUUGUAAGUAAAUGCCCACCUAUCUUCACAAUCGUGUUGGAAUGGGAGACGGAUGAAACUGAAGAAGACAUAGCUAAAACAACAAAGGCUUUGGAGAGGGAGAUAGAUCUCAGCAGCCUAUACGAAGGCUUAGAGCCAAACAAAAACUACCAGCUUGUGUCAAUGGUUUGUUGUGGUGAAGAAGAAGAAGAAGAAGACCACAUCUGCCUAGCUUAUGAAAAAGACAGGUGGGUCAGUCUCAGACAUGACGAUGCUUUAGCAGAAGAGGAUGUUGGUGACUGGAACAGUGUGGUUAAUUUCUGUGGAGAAAGGAAGGUUCGGCCAGAGAUUCUUUUCUAUGAAGCUUCCCCAAUAGAAGAGUGA